CCUCCUCUCUUGUUUUUUCUUGUGCUCGUUUGUUAGGGAUCUGGUUCCUUAGACUGCAUCUUUUCUUCUUCUCAAUGCCAAUUUUGGAGGCUUGAUAUGGUUCUGAUGUUAGGAAUCGGAAUGUUGCCGCCGGCGAUCUGGUUCUCGUUUCCGUACCGUUCUGGUACGAACGUUCCUUUACGCCGUUCGGUGCAACGUUUUCCGUUCAGGUAACUAGUUUUUGAUGCUUUUAGUGGAUUGGAGCUAUAGUGAAAUCUGUCGUUUUCGUCGCAAUUCUGGUAAAUGUCUUGGAGAUGCGGUAAAGAUGGUGGGAUAUAGUAGUAAUUUCUCUAAAUAUAGGUUGACACCUUGAGAUAUCCAUUGAAUCGGCCUGAAACCAAGUUUUUACUUCUUUAUGAUGUGAGUAGUAUCGGUGUGAUAGAUUUGAAAAUCUUCAAGAAUCAGCCAAUACGAUACGAUACAACCUUUUUUUUUUGGCUCUAAAUUGGAGCUUACGAGUUGAGUGGAAAAUGAUUUUCAAAAAGAAAUGUAAUAUCGUUGUCUAUUUGUCAAGUUUAUUUUGUGUGUUCUACCUUGAAAAGCUUUACCUUGCAGAUAAUUAAACAAAAAUGACACCAAUCAUAUUUUUUUAUAAAUGUCAGUUUUACAUCUUGAAGUCUCCAAUGCAACUGAUUUUCUCAUUUUUUGUUGAUUUAGGAGAAUUCCGUAAUUGUUUUAAGUUUUGUGAACUUGAAAAGCCUUCUGUUUUUUGAAUUAUAUGAUGCUUUAUAAGACCCAUUGAGCACUAAAUUGGCGUGCCUUCAUCAUCUUAAUUCUUGGUUAGUUUUAAGCCUGUAAGGUUAUCAUUUAGCAAGAAAAGUAAAGGAGGAAAUGGAGAAGCAUGGAUGUUUCCCUUAUGUUACUCUUAUUGUUGAGUUCUAUUGUCGUGAGAGAUUUUCAAAUGCUGAAGAACUUUCAAAUGAUAAGCUUUUGAAUAUAGUGCGUUAAGGGUUGUUAUGCUUACCUUUGGGAAAUCUAGAUAGAUAUAUGUAUCCUAUGAAUUCAAAGGGUGAAAUGAAACAAAAAUGGUGGCACUCUUUAUGCUAGCCCCUAUAGUGCAUUUUUUUUUCCAUUCUAGGUAACUUCAAAGGGUCUCAAAUUAACUUUGGCUCAUCUAGAAACGGACAAAGCAGAAUGUUUCUGGUGGUGUCCUGACUCUUGACAAAUCAUACCAUUGAUCUCUUCUGCCUUACUCAUUCGAAUUUCAAACAAAGAGUACCCCUUUUGUGUUACUUAAGGAUAUAGAGGAGGACUCUCGCAGAAAUAAUUUGUAUACUUGAAUGCCAUUGUUAAAUGUGUAUUUUGUGAAGUAGAAGCUAAGAGGCUUAAGUACUUGCUACAUGACAUGUUUAUAGAAAAACAAUUUGUAAAUUGUUGACCUCUGCACAUAUUUAUAUUGCCUUCUGCUAGUAGACCAACUACGUAAGAAAGACACACUAGAGCAUACUAGUUCUUUCUUCUCACCAAUGAUCUUAAAGAGAGUGGUUCUAAGGGAUAACUUAUUCAAGUUUUGAUGAAUAAUUUGAGCCUAAAGAUGUGGAAAAACUCAGCGAAAUAAUUAAGUUCAAUGUUUGAGGCAAAAGCAUCAUUCAUUUACUUUGAUUUCUAGUGGUAGUUGCAAUCAUCACAGGCAAAAUGCAAUAACAGCAUUCUUUGAGUUUCUUCCUGCUGUAUGAAUUUUGGUGUCUGAUGAUAGUUGAAAUUUUAAGAAACGCAAAACAUGAUAGUGGCAUUCUUUUAGUUUCUUUCUGCUCUAUGUUAAUUGUGACUUGAGUUUAGCAACCCAGAUUCCAGAUGCCAAAGUGUGCUGCACAGCAGAGGAUUUAAGGUAGAAUUUGGAAGAGAUUUGUUGUGCCAAGUAUAGAAAUUAACGCUUUUUAUUUAGCCUGACAAGUGACAAGUCUUUUGAAAGGGUUUUAAAAUUAUUUCUGUUGUUUUAAGUUUUCAUUGUUGGUGCUGUUAACUAACUAAAUUGACAUCAUAAAUCUUAUUUGUCAAUUUGUCACAAUGUAGAUGCCUUUUUAAGAAAUUCAUAAAAAUUUUACUUUGUUGAUGGUGGAAGAGGGUUUUGUCACAGUGGCAAUAACGUGGGGUAUUUUGAGGUUUUCAUGCUGCCUGCGGGGAUGACUAUUGGUUUAAAUUUCUCUUUAAUAUGCUUUUCCAACAGGCAUGUUGAGUUCGCUCCAUUCUGCUCGUUAUCCGUAAGAGGAUCAGUCCAAAAUAAUUUAACUAAGCAAGACUUCUGAUACAAUUCGGAUAUCCAUCAAUGUGGAAUAUGCCUAUUCCUGGGAAUGAUCAGGUAGAUCUCGUGUCAUCGGAUGAUGAUGCUACAGAUAUGGAAGCAGAUGGAGGUCCCUUUGGUCAGAAUCAAACCUCCAAUGCUCUUAAUAGUCAGCUUGCUGAUGGAAAUCCUUCUGAAGAUGUCAUUAUCAGAAGGGCAAAAAUAUACCAGGAUUACAUGAAGAAGGUCUCGAUUCCAUGCCAACGUGGUUCGGUCAUUCCAUGUAAUUCAUGGAUGGGUUUAGCCAAGUCAAUCAAGGAGCUAUAUGGGCAACCAUUGCACUACCUUACAAAUAUUCUCCUAAAACAGUGGGAUCAAGCAAGAUUUGAAACCGGGGAAGAGUUCCAGCCGUUAGAUACCAUUAUUCACUCUGUAAAAGCAGAAGCGACCAUAUGGUUCAUCGAGGAAGUUCAUCGUCGCACAGCUUCAUACCAUCAAAUUUCAAAACUCUGGUUGCGCGAUCCUAUGUAUCGUGCGUUUGUAGACCCUAUAUUCCCUAGUUUAGAACACUGACUGUUUCUUUGUCGUCGAUAAUGCCGUACCCUUGGUUGGGAGGUGGGAGUUGGGUUUAUGUGGUGAACUUUUUCCUAUAUUUAUGUGAAUAUAUGGACCAAUUUGGUGUAGACGUAACUGCAGUAGUGAUAGAUUUCAGAAGACAAGUUUAAGCUAUGAACGAAUCUAGUCUCUUUGUAACCAAUACUAAUGAAGUUAUUGAAAUUUCACUUAUUUCACAUUUUGUGUGCCGUUACAAU